AUGAUAUAUAUAUAUACGUAUGUUUUUUUUAUUAUUACCGCAUUCCAAUAUGAUAUGUAUGAAAUAUUUUUUAAUGUCAAUUCCAAUUUAAUUACUAAUGCAAUAUAUAAGAUGAGCAAUUACUGGGCUACUAUUGACAACUAUGUAUUACUGGUAACCUCAAUCAUAAUAUUACUAUUAUACAAUAAUACAUAUAUACUAUAUAACAAUAAAAAUACCCUGAUACUAUUUAUAUAUAUGUUUAUAAUUCUAUACAGUGUGUACAUUAAUACUAAAAUCUAUUACUUUAAUAAUACAACAUUUAAUCCGCUACUUACGCAUUUUUUGGUUAUAGUACACCCACCUAUAUUAAUAACAAUUACAUUCCUAAUAAAAAACAGUAUAUUUAAAUAUAUAAGUAUUAAUAAACUAAUACUUAUACUUGGUAUUAGUAUAUUGUUAGGAAGUUACUGGGCCAAUUCUCUUUUUGGAUGGGGUGGAUGGUGGUCGUGGGACCCAAUAGAAAACAUUGCUCUUGUCAAUUGGAUAAUUUUUUUGUUGUAUAUACACAAAUACAAUAAAAAAAUUAUCGGUUCGAUAUUAAUACUCGAUUUUUUUUUAUUAUUAGUAAUUAAAUGUAAUAACCUACAGAGUAUACAUGUAUUUAAAAUAGUUAAUUUAAAUUUACAAAAUUAUUUUAUAAUAAUGUAUACCUUAUACGUAUUAUUUUCUUACGCAUAUACGAAAAAAAAGAAUAAUAAUUACUACAUAAAUAAUAACAUAUUAAUAAAACAAAGCACACUUGUUAUUAUUUUAUAUUUACUUAAUAACACACAUAUAUACAUCAAUAUAUACGUAUAUAUUAUAUAUAUAUUCGUAAUAUUAUAUUCUUACAUAUUAAAAUACCUAAUACGCAAAAAUAAACUAAUUAAUACGUUACAACUAACUACAUUAAUAUAUGUAUACAAGGCUCUUACAUUAUUACAUACAAUAAUAAGCACCAUAAUUAUUUUUUUUUACAUCGUAAAAAAAAAAAAUAAUAUAUACAAUGUACACAUUUAUAUAUUAUUAAUAGCAUACUUACUAUUGAAUAUAAAUAACAACAUAAUAAAUAUUGUUUAUGAAAAUUAUGCGUUAUAUAUUAGUAAUAACACAACAGGCGAAAUUAAUUUAAUAGAUAUAAAUAUAAAUUAUAUAGAAUAUAUAGUAAAAGAAAUAAAUACUGAAUUUUUCACUACACAAUAUUAUAAUAUAUACAGUAUAUUCGAAAAAAUAGAAACUAACAUAUAUAAUAAUAUAAUAACAAACACAUUUAUAAAUAUAAAGAAUAAUAUAAUACAAGUAUACAAAAUGUAUUAUAUUAUAAUCUUAUUCACGGUAACCCUUUUACUAUUUAUACACAUAAACUAG